AUGGAGUGCAGACUAGUUUUAAACAAUUUAACUGAUAGAGAUUUAACCAAUGAUUAUAUGCGUGGUUUGCUUCAUCAACAAUUAAAAUAUCAAAAGUAUCGUCGAGUUCCAGCAAGGAAUGGAAAAUCAAUUUUCUAUCUUUUUUUUCAAAAAGAAGAAGAUACAUAUGCUGCUUUACGAGCAGCAAAAUCGAUAAAGGAAAUCUCAUUAAUGAGAUAUAAUCCAUUAAAUCCUAUGAUUUCUGAACUACCAUUUCGCCCAUUUCCACCACAGCAUAUCAUAGAUAUCUGCCGAUAUGCUUUCAGAAAAUAUCUCGACAAAUUCAAUAAUGUGGGUCUUUUCAAAACUUUUAUUCGUCGUCUUGCAGAGCAAAUCAUGGCUCAAUAUAUAAAGAAAGACGAGAUACAUGAGCGAAUCGAAAAGUUAUUUACUUGGUGGUGGAUGAAUGAAAAAUUUAUUGUCAAAGACAAUUACUCAAUUCAUAAACUUUUGGAUGUCUUUUUUAGCUGA